AUGCUCGUGACGUCAGGAAAUGCCGAACACCAGUUUCUGCGCGCACGCGAGCAGUUCAUAGCUGGCAUACAGAUCGAGAUUGACGCCAUUAUGGCCCGCAGUGGGAUUUCACCCUUCCGUCUGGCGCUGGCUGCUGACAACCUUGCCGACCUCAUUGACCAGGUACGUGUCAUUGAGCGGGCUAGUCUCACUAUGUACAGGGAGAUGCCAAGAUGCCGUACUGUGCUGAAUGGAUGUGGCUACUACGGACACAAAUCCGAAUUUCUAGUGAAAGCUCGCAAGCUUCGAGGCCAUUUGAUUGUGCUUCAAGAUAACCUCAUGCCUCGAUAUUCCGACCGGCAUUGGAUUGCCCGUCAGAUCGAGGCUGUGGAUCGGUACUUGGACCUUUAG